AUCAUGGUGAGUCUCCUCGGGCUCUCAGCACUAUCCGUCGCUUAUCCGCGCCAUCCCUGCCUGUUCGGGGACCCCACUAGAGCUGCAGCCAUCCGGGGCCCACUUACUCUGCUCCGGCCUGCCUCACGGAGGCCGGUCGCCCGGGGUCGCCGAGUCGCGGCUGUCCGGCACCGCCGUCCGGAACACGCCGGGCUUUGGGCUCCCGGGCCUCGGCUAUGGAAACCCCUGUGGAGCUUCAGGGGCACGAGUGAGGCGGGCGCUGGCGGGCCAAGAAUGACACAGUAACCAUCCGGACCAGGAAGUUCAUGACCAACCGUCUGCUUCAGAGGAAACAGAUGGUCAUUGAUGUCCUUCAUCCUGGGAAGGCAACAGUACCAAAGACAGAAAUUCGGGAAAAGCUGGCCAAAAUGUACAAAACCACACCAGAUGUCAUCUUUGUAUUUGGAUUCAGAACCCACUUCGGUGGUGGCAAGACCACUGGCUUUGGCAUGAUCUAUGAUUCUUUAGAUUAUGCAAAGAAGAAUGAGCCUAAACACAGACUGGCAAGACAUGGCCUUUAUGAGAAGAAAAAGACCUCCCGAAAACAGCGAAAGGAACGCAAGAACAGAAUGAAGAAGGUCAGGGGCACGGCGAAGGCCAAUGUUGGUGCUGGCAAAAAGUGAGUGGAGAUUGGAUACAGCCAAAGGAGUAGAUCUGCGGUGACUUGAUGUUUUGCUGUGAUGUGCAGAUUUCUGAGAGGACAAAUAAACUAAAAAGCUCCUA